CAGCUUUUACAGAGGCUCUUCAACUCCGGCGCAUGCAUUUAUGGAAGUGGAAUCAACAAUUUCCCAUUUCGCAUUCAUUCCCUCUCCAACACAACUAAUCAAAAGGUUCGAAUUUAGAAAACAAUGAAUGGAAGAGACAGACCAGACAGCUUCGCAUCAACUUAAAGCCACUGCAAUUCAAUGGGUUUUCCCCGGAAAAGAGUUCGCGCCAUUCGCAUUCGUCGUGGCCCCGACGGAAGUGCUUUCCAACAAUGCGAAAGCUGUGGCCUUUCAGUGGCAAUCUCUCUGGCUGACAUGCAUGAAUGUGGAGCGACAAGAGUUUCCAUCAAGAAGCCCAGAACACAACGCCGGAGCGAUACCGGAAAAGAACAUCGGGUUGAAAACAGCCAAGAUUUCACGAGGUUUCAGGAUCAACCCAGAUCCGCAUUUCGGUUAUUCAUGGAGCAGUUUGCCAAGACAUGCCAUGAUGGGGAUGAAAUUGCUGUUGAUAGGAGAGGGUUUGAGACCUGGAGAAACAUGUCUAAAAUGGAGAGGCAACCCUAUGAGCUUCGAGCUGAGAAGAUAUGUUCAGCUUACUUGAAUUGCCUAAUGGAAGAGGAGAAUAAUAUGCCAAAGGUGAAUGAUGAGGCUGAAUCAGUUGAAGUUAAUAACUAUGAGGAGAGUUAUGAAGAUGUUACGUGCUCUGAUGAUUCUGAUGGAUUUUUGAGGUGUUCACAUGAAAGCAAGAACCUAAGCUCCUAUUUAAAAUGGAAAUUGAAGCACACUUGGUUGUUUUGUUGAAAACCCAGAUGGUUCAUAAUAUCACUCACUCAUGAUAUAGAAGCAGGCUUUUGUAAGUACUAGUACUAUGUACCUGAGAGGCUCAAGGUUAUUUCUUGUUUGUUGACUAACUCUUUUUUCAAUAAUGCUAUGUUCACAUC